AGGAACUUUGAAGUUGUCGUGUUCCCAAAUUUCUGCUGCCCUUGCCCAGUUGGACACAAUUUUGUGAAAAGUUGUUGCUAAAGGCGUGAAGAUCCUCUGAGUGAGAACAUGGAGCUAGACAACAUUUACACCAAUGUGAAUUAUGAUCAAGUGAAACAAGACAGGAAACAGCAAAACCUAAAGUCAGAUCAUGGAGGUGUUCAAUCUGUCCAAGGAAAAUGGUCAUCUCUCGUUAUCUACAUUUUCCUGGGUAUCUCCAUCCUGCUGUCCGUGGUGACGCUUAUCACUGCAGUGAUACUCUUUACACAGCUGUUCACCAUCAUGAAAAUGUUAGAAACUGACUUCAAGAUGGGUCUAGCCCAAUUGCAACACAACGUUACACAGCUGUCCAGUGACAUGAAAACAUUAGAAACUGACUUCAAGAUGGAUCUAGCCCAAAUGCAAAAUAGCAAACUAUCUGGGAAAUGUCCUGAAGACUGGAGGCGAUUUCAACAAAACUGUUAUUACUUCUCAUCAGAAAGCAAGACUUGGACAGAGGCCCAGAGAGCCUGUGCAUCACUGGAUGCCAACCUUGUUGUCAUUAACAAGCCGGAGGAACAGGCAUUUAUAAAAACGUUGAUUCAAAACAAACGUUACUGGAUUGGACUCACUGAUUCUAUCUCUGAAGGUCAUUGGCGUUGGGUGGAUGGAAUGGACUACACUUCCUCUGUAAAGUUUUGGUCUGAGGGUGAACCAAAUAAUGCUUCUGAUGAAGACUGUGCAGAAAUAUACAGUAAUGGAGGAUGGAAUGAUCGGUCAUGUGAUGUCUCUCAACAGUGGAUCUGUGAAAAGCCAGCACAGUUAGAUUCUCCUUAAUGUUCCAUCAGUGCACUGGCGGAAGUAAAACCACUUUUGAAGUAUUCAGUCUGUGUACAUUGAACAGGCAGCUCUAAGCUGGGAUUGGCAGUAGAAGGGAGUAGCAGGGGAUCUCCCUGAUUCUCCUGGCCAUAACAUUCCAAAAUCCCACUGUUAAAAAUCAGAUUAUAAUCCAACAGAUCUAUUUGGAAAUACUAGCUUUCGGAGUGCUGCCCCUACAUUAGGACGCUGUGGAGCAGGAUCAUAAGACACAUAAUUUACUGCAAAAGAUUACACUGAUUCAUAUAUCACUGGAAAGAUAUAUUGAACAAGCCUGAAUUUUAAACAGAUUAUUCCCCUUUAUCUCAAUCUAAUGAUGUGAAGAUUCCCAUGAUACACUGUCCCCCACAUUAACUCCUUCACUCUCCACAGAUGCUGCCAGACCAACUGAGUUUCUCUGGGUAUAUGAAUAGGAAGGGUUUAGAGGGAUCUGGGCCAAGUGCUGGCAAAUGGGAUGAGAUUAGAUUGGACCGAAGGGUCUGUUUACGUGCUGUGUCUCUGUGAAGGCGUCAGACUGGACUCAAAGCAUUAAAUUUGUGUGGUUGUCCACAGAUCCUGUCAAACCUGCUGAGUAUCUCCAGCACUUUCUAUUAUUAUUCCACUUUUCUGGAAUGUUUAAGGGACAGUGCAUUGUUUGUACACUGAAGUGUUUGUUCCUUUCACCCACUAGCCCAAUCCCAUUGGAACAAAAGAACUAAAGGGAUUUUAAACAUGUCAUGCUGUUUAAAAUUCAGG